AUGGAGGAUGAUUUAGAGUUGCAGAGGUUUCUUAAAGCUGAAGGCUUAACCGUUUCUUCUGUUCUACCGAAAUUUGAUUACAAUGGAGAAUGUAUGCGUUGCCUCUUAGCCACCAGAGAUUUUAUUACAGGAGAAGUGAUUAUGAGGGAGGAGCCUUAUGUGUGUAUACCAACAAGCUCUGAUCCUGUAUGCCAGCGAUGCUUUAAAUCCGAUGGCACCCUUUGGAGGUGUGCAUCCUGUAACAUUGUUUGGUACUGUGGUGCAGAAUGCCAGAGGCUUGAUUGGAAGUUGCAUAAGGUUGAAUGUCGUGCCAUCUCAAGGCUUGAAAAGAAGUGGCAAGAGCUUGUUACACCAGAGAUACGCCUACUGGUAAAGCUCUUCAUUCGGAGAAAGUUACAGUGUGAAAAGGUCAUCCCUACUACUCCUAUAGACAACUUCAACUUGGUGGAGGCAAUGAUAGAUCACCAAUCUGAUAUGGAGGCAGAGAAAUUGGUCGAGUAUAUGACGAAGGCUCAAAUCGUCAAGCAAAUGCUUCAGCAGCCUGAGCUUGAUCUAGACAAGGCAGUAAACAACUUUUGCAAGCUUUCAUGCAAUGCACAUGCCAUUGUUGACAUUGAAAUGGAGCAACUCGGAAUUGGACUGUAUCCUGUCAUGUCUAUUAUUAACCACAGCUGCCUGCCCAAUGCUGUUUUGGUUUUUGAGGGAAAACUUGCUGUACUUCGUGCUAUAGCGCCUGUGGAUGAAGGUGAUGAGGUAUUGAUAAGUUACAUAGACCUUGGUCGAACCACCAGGUUUCGACAGGACGAUCUUAUUGGAAAAUACCAUUUUACUUGCUCAUGUCCCCGCUGCCGUAAGUUUACUAAAAUUAAUGAUCAAAUUUUGGAUGCUCUGCGAUGCAAGAAUGGGAAAUGCGAUGGCUUCUUGGUUGAUAAAUACGGACUUUACAGUAGUGACCAGAAACUUGAAUGCAACAAAUGUGGACUCGUCAGGACUUUGGAAGCGGAAAAAAGAGCAAAGGGGAAAGUAGAUCCAUUGCUUGCCAAGGGUCGAUCGGAUUUUGCUUCUGGGUAUUUUCAGAAAGCUCUGUCUACCUAUAAGAGGGUUGAGGAAGCGACUCUGGAUCUUUUCCAUCCUUCUUCAUUCAGCGUGAUGAUUGUCAGAAAUUUACUUACAAAGCUCCAUAUGAAGACAGGAGAUAUACAAGCAGCACUGGAAUGUUGUAGACUGACAACACCAGUACAUCAAAGACUAUUACAAAGACACGAUCCUGUUCUUGGAAUGCACUACUACACACGAGGGAUGCUUGAAUGGGUUAAAGGGAACAAAAAGGAUGCUCUGAAUUAUCUGAUCAGGGCAGGUGAUAUACUGGAAAUUACUCAUGGGACAAAUUUUCCUUUGGUGAAAGAACUCUUGAUAAACUUGGCCAGGGAACAAGAGGGACAUCCUAGUGGAUUCUGA